GGGAGCGCAGGAUCCUCCACUGGAGGACUGGCAGCAGCGUCCGUUAGCUGCAGCAGGCGGACUGAUGAUGGAGAGCGUUUUACAGGCCCGUGUUAGAGCUCCGUCACUGUGUCACUGUGCCGUGAUCUAGCGCUUAAACACGUGCACACUGACGCCAUGGGGUCUCAGACGCUACAGAUCCUGAGGCAGGGGGUCUGGGCUUCUGUCACGGGCGGCUGGUACUACGACCCCCAUCAGAACACGUUCGUCAACGCGCUACACCUCUACAUCUGGCUCUUCUUAUUGUGUUUCCCUUUCACUCUGUACAUGGCUCUCCCCCCCACCAUGCUGAUAGUGGGAGUGUACUGUGGAGUGAUCGGUGGUGUGUUUGCACUGUUGAAGGCAGUGAACUAUCGACUCCACACGGCACUAGACGAAGGGGAAGUGAUCAACGCAGAACAACAAAGAGACACUUCACACACACACCCAGACGAGUCCAGUGGCUCUGGGGAUCCUGGAGGAGGAAUUGAGUUGGCUGAUUUUGUCCGAGAGGAAACUCCACCAGUCGCCUGCAGCUCACGCAACUCCUACACAGGCAUCGACGCCAACCUCCAGAUCGCAUCCUCUCGUGGUGGUUCAGUCACAGUAAAAGCAGGUGAUGUUGGAAAGACCUCAGAUGACCUCAGUUUAGCUCCUAGCUGUAGUCAGGAACAAGAUCUGACAUCAGAACCUAAGAUCUACGGCCUCAUCUCCAACGAUUCCUUCGCCUCUAUGCAGCCUUCCACCUCGCUGGCUCAGGACCUCUACAGCUCCACCCCUCACCCUUUCAGUCAGUCAUUGUCCUCCUGUGACACAGAAAUCCCCGCCCACUCUCAGUCCUUCAGGAAAGAGUCGUCUCGUCCCCGUGGCCUUCCUCGCACUUCCAGCUCGGCCUUUCCGGAUCCUUCCAUCCCAGACUUUGGCCUCUACCCCCCUUCUCGGCGUAGUGGACUCGACCCCGUUUGUGAACUAGACACGUCCCGGCCACAGGGGGCACUGCAGAGUGGGGACGCGGCUGUCCCCUCCACGUCAGGACUGGACUGCUGUAAACAACAUAAAAGGGAACGGCGCAAACUGGCCCGGUCCAUUUCCAGAGAAACGGGGGAAGAAUGUCAGGGUGACUCUGGACUGUACCAAGUGGAGGGUUUUCGUGGGGGGAUUUCAGGUGGAAGCAGGAGGAAAAGACGAGCAGAAAAAAGCAUGGAAAGUUUGCGAAGCCUGAGUACACGCAGCAGCGGCUCGACGGAGAGUUACUGCAGUGGGACGGACCGUGACACGCACAGCACGCUAAGUAGUCUCCAUAGUGAACAAACUAGCUCCACCCAUGUCGAGAGUCUCAUAUCACUCUCAUUGGAUGAGGGCGGGACAACAGAACCUAGCAUAACCUCAGGUGAGGGCAAUAAAAACCCUCAUGCUAAUGAACUUAGCCCAAAAUCUGUUAAUACUAAUGAACCCACAACUCCCAAAAACACAUCACAAACCACCAGCCAUGAAGGGGAGGAGUUUAAAACAGAAGGGAGUGGGGCAAGGACAAGCCCAGAAGCCUCUGCAGACUCCACCCACCUAUUUAAGGAGACGGCACAAGAUGAUGCCAAACCCAAAUCAGCCAAUCAUUCUGAUGCCAGCCAAAGUGGGCGUCGACGCAGUGCGAAGAAACGAGCUAGCAGUUUUGAUGCUGCCCGUUACCAUGACUACACCUGCUUCCGCAGCAUAGCAAAACCUCGCUCUGCAGUGUUUGCUAAAUAUGAUGAAGACUCAAGUGACCUAAGCGAUCUGAGCCACGCCUCCAGUCUCAACUCCGCCCAUCGGGUUGAGCUGAGCCUCGCCCCCGGUGCAUCCCAGAAGAAAGACAAGGAGAGAGAGAGGGGGAAGAAGAGAGCAUCACGGCGUACAGCCAGUACAGGAAGUGCCAAAGUUCAGCUGCGUAAAUGCCCUAAUGAGCCGCAGCACCUCGGGGCACCUACGGAUCCUCGACCCCUCAGCACUUCCAAAUCCGACCUGGAGGCCAAAGAAGGAGAGGUGCUGGAUGCAGCAUCACUACUGGGCAGAGCAAGUCACCUGGAGUCUGUCACACGCUCUAGGAACAGUUUACCCUGUCCAAUCAGCAUCGCCGACACACACGACACAGCCAGGGAGUGUUUUCUCCCCUACUUAGCGGCGGUUAUUGACGAUGGUGUGACGUUCAGGCGAGAGCGCAGCACGUUUCGCCGUCAGGCUGUACGGAGACGCCACAACGCCGGGAGCAACACGGCCUCCAUCAUUGCAUCACCACUCAGUCUUCAGGAAGCUCUCAGUCAGGUGUCUCAGGCUUCAUCAGUACCACAGGUCAAAGGACAGAUGAGCACUAGCACCUCCCUGCUGGUCAGGAAUGGGAGUGCACACUUAGAGGGUUUUCAGGAUAAAGUGUCCACUGCAGGCAUGCGUGAAGACUUUGGUAAACUGACUCCCUCUCUGUAUGAGGUUGGAGGAUGCGAUGUGUCCUUGGUUAACUUUGAACCCGCGACAAGACGAGCAUCCAACAAUGUGUGGGACACAGAUUCUCACCUCUCCAGUUCUACCUCUGUUCGCUUCUACCCUCAUGACUUGAUCCGUCUGAACCGUCUGCUGUCGAUGGACACUGAGCUGUUGGAGCAGGAUGGUGAUGUGAAUCCUGACCUGCAGGUGGUGCCACAUGGGUUGAGGCACAAACACACUCGCACACACUCGCACACACACACCAACACUCAUAAGGUCAAGCAGUACUACCGCUUCUCCCUGCUGCCGUACCUGUGGGUGGGUCUGCGCUUCGAUAGACUCACACUGCUCGCCCUGUUUGACAGGAACCGUGAGGUUUUGGAGAACGUUCUGGCCGUGGUUCUCGCAGUGUUGGUGGCGUUCCUGGGCUCAGUUCUGCUCAUUCAUGGAUUCUUCACUGACAUCUGGGUCUUCCAGUUCUGCCUCGUCAUUGCCAGCUGCCAGUACUCACUGUUAAAGAGUGUUCAGCCAGACUCAUCCUCUCCUCGACACGGUCACAACCGGAUCAUAGCGUACAGCAGGCCGGUGUACUUCUGUGUGUGUUGUGUUCUGAUCUGUGUGUUCCACUACAGUAGUGUGACUUCCAGUUCAAACACACACACACUGUACGGAGUCACACUCAGCUCCUCACUGCUGCUCAGCUCUACACGUGACCUCGUCAUCGUCUUCAUCCUGUGUUUUCCUGUCAUCUUCUUUGCCGGACUCCUUCCUCAGGUCAACACUUUUCUCAUGUACCUGUUUGAGCAGAUCGACAUCCAUAUGUUUGGUGGAAAUGCAUGUACAAGUCUUCCCUCAUCCAUAUACAGUGUGGUAAGGAGUGUGGUUACCGUGGCGAUGCUGUACGGAUUCUGCUAUGGAUCCCUGCUGGAGCCGUGGGACCCUCAGCACAUCCCUGUGCUGUUCUCUGUGUUCUGCGGUCUGCUGGUUGCUGUGUCCUAUCAUCUCAGCCGCCAGAGCAGUGACCCCACCAUCCUCAUCUCUAUGGUGCAGGCAAAAGUUUCCCCAAGUGUGGCAAAGGAUCAAAACCCUGAAGAUCCACUUUCUGAGGUGCAGGACCCUUUACCUGAAAAACUCAGGAACUCUGUGAAUGAGAGACUACAGUCUGAUGUGAUCAUGUGCGUGCUCAUUGCUGUGCUAUACUUCGCCAUUCAUGUCAGCACCGUCUUCCUUGCCCUGCAGCCGUUCCUGAGUUACGUGCUGUACGGGUUGGUUGGUGCUGUCGGGUUCUUCACCCACUAUAUUCUGCCCCAGAUGAGGAAACAGUUGCCCUGGUACUGCUUCUCCCACCCUCUGCUCAAACCCAGAGAGUAUUACCAGUUUGAGGUGCACGGUGCAGCUCAUGUGAUGUGGUUUGAGUGGCUCCACCUGUGGCUGCUCUUUGUGGAGAAGAACAUUCUUUAUCCUCUUGUCAUUCUUAAUGAACUCAGCAGAAGUGCACAGGAACUCGCCAGCUCUAAAAAACUCACCACAGAGGUGGGAGCAGUGGUGUUGAGUGUAUCAGGGUUGAAGUUGUUGCGUUCGUGCUUCAGCAGUCCGGCCUCUCAGUACGUCACUGUGCUCUUCACCGUCCUCUUCUUCACCUUUGAUUAUUCACACCUGUCUGAAACACCACUGCUCAACCUCUUCAUCAUCUCCAUCAUCUUCAGCAAGAUGUGGGAGCUGCUGAAUAAGCUACGCUUUGUUUACACCUACAUUGCUCCGUGGCAGAUUACCUGGGGUUCAGCCUUCCAUGCCUUCGCUCAGCCCUUCGCUGUACCACAUUCAGCCAUGUUGUUUGUGCAGGCGAUGGUGUCGGCCGUGUUCUCCACUCCUCUCAACCCGUUUCUGGGCAGUGCCAUCUUUAUCACGUCUUACGUCCGACCUGUUAAAUUCUGGGAAAGAGAUUACAACACAAAGCGGGUGGAUCACUCCAACACUAGACUGGCAUCUCAGCUGGACAGGAAUCCAGGUUCAGAUGAUAAUAACCUGAACUCGAUCUUCUAUGAGCACCUGACUCGCUCCCUGCAGCACUCUCUGUGUGGGGACCUGCUGCUGGGCCGCUGGGGAACCUUCAGCACAGGAGACUGUUUCAUCAUGGCGUCUGAUUACCUUAACGCUCUUGUUCACCUCAUCGAGAUCGGCAACGGACUUGUCACCUUCCAGCUUCGCGGCCUCGAGUUCAGAGGUACAUACUGCCAACAGAGGGAGGUGGAGGCCAUUACAGAGGGUGUAGAAGAGGACGAGGGCUGCUGCUGCUGUGAUGUGGGUCACCUGCCCCACCUGCUGUCCUUUAAUGCUGCCUUUGUUCAGCGCUGGCUGGCCUGGGAGGUGCUGCUGUCUAAAUACACCUUACAGAGCUACAGCAUCACUGAGAACAGCGCAGGGGCCAUGCUGCAGGUCUACGAGCUACGUCAGAUCCUCACCACCUACUACGUCAAGGGAAUAAUUUAUUACGUGGUUACGUCUCCGAAGCUGGAGGAGUGGCUCUCUAAUGAUGCCAUGAUGGAUGGGCUGAAGAUCUGCAGUGAGAGGAACUACGUUGAUCUCGACCCAACCUUCAACCCCAACAUUGAUGAAGAUUACGACCACCGACUGGCAGGAAUCUCCAGAGACAGUUUUUGUUCUGUUUACCUCAGCUGGAUCCAGUACUGCAGCACUCAGAGACAGAAGCCGUUUGAAAGUGAGAAAGACUCAGCAUUGGUUUCGUUGUGUUUUGGUCUGUGUGUGUUGGGGAGGCGAGCACUCGGCACUGCAGCUCAUCAAAUGUCCAGUAACCUGGAGUCAUUCCUUUACGGUCUUCAUGCCCUGUUCAAAGGAGAUUUUCGGAUAUCGUCUGUGAGGGAUGAGUGGAUUUUUGCAGAUAUGGAGCUGCUCAGGAGAGUCGUCGUCCCAGGAAUACGCAUGUCCCUCAAACUUCACCAGGAUCACUUCACCUCCCCGGAUGAGUAUGACGACCCGUCUGUGUUGUACGAGGCCAUCUCUUCUCAUGAGCAGACGCUGGUAAUAGCACACGAGGGCGACCCGGCGUGGCGCAGCGCUGUGCUGUCCAAUGCUCCAUCACUCUUGUCGCUACGCCAUGUCCUCAACGAGGGAACCAACGAGUACAAGAUCAUCACACUGAACCGCAGAUACCUCAGCUUCAGAGUCAUCAAGGUAAAUCAGGAGUGUGUUCGUGGCCUGUGGGCGGGGCAACAGCAGGAGCUGGUGUUUUUGCGGAACAGGAACCCAGAGCGUGGAAGCAUCCAGAACGCCAAACAGGCCCUGAGGAACAUGAUCAACUCGUCAUGUGACCAGCCGAUUGGUUAUCCCAUCUAUGUCUCCCCCCUCACCACCUCCUACUGCAACACACACACACAGCUCACACACACACUAGGUGGAGCCAUCAGCAUCGCCAGCAUCCGACACUUCAUUAUCAACACCUGGCAAAGGUUGCGUAAAGGUUGUGGCGCGGGGUGCAACAGUGGAGGCAACGUGGAGGAGUGUGAAAUGGGGAAUUCUGGAAACACAAAUGACAUACACCUUAGAGUGACCAGCAUUCAACACACACACACUCCUCUCUCACUGGGAACUAGUCAAAGCUCUCAGUCUGUGCUUUCCUCCCUGGUGCGUCAUUCUCCCACCCGUUCAUCGGUGGCAAGCCAGUCAUCAUCUCUCCGUUACAACAGCAACGCUGAGCCGACACUGUGCAAGCGACACACACUCACACACACGCACACACUUGCCGGCCUGCUCGACCAUAAUCAUCACCAGCAGCCCAGGAGAGAGGACGUCUCCAACAGAGUACAGAUAGUGGAUGUUAGUCAGGUGUUGGAUGUGAUUAAUCUGUCGAAGCGUAAGGAGCUGCUGUGGCCUGAUGAGUCAAUGAGGCUGAGGGCUGGGCCAAGCUGCUGGAGAGACUGGGGCCCCCUGGAGGGCAUGGAGGGACAUGUGAUUCACCGGUGGAUGCCUUGCAGUCGUGACCCUCUCACUCGCUCCCCCAUUGAUAAAUCCAUCCUGCUGGUUCAGGUGGAUGAUAAACUGGUUCCCAUUAUAGAGACUGGAGUGAUUGAGCUAGGAGCAGAAGUGUAAACACACACACACACACACACAUAGGUACUGGUCAUAGAUACUGGUCAUAGAUACUGGUCAUAGUGGCCUUUAACAUCUUCCUUAUCUUCUCCUCCAGGAGGCCUGCAUCAGCUUUGCUCACAUACGACAGGUUUCUGCCCUAACGUUAGAGGUGACCUGUUACUGACCUUCACCUGUUUUCACUUUUUCUUUAUUUCUUCCAAACACAGCUCACAGUUUUGGCCAUAGACAUCAUGCUGACUUACAUCUUAUUGUAACUGUGGAUCUGGAGAACUCUGAGUGUGUCUGAUUUAUCCAGAGCAGCCAGUGUGUUUCUGUUUCUGUAGAUCUAGAGCAGUUAGAGUGGUCAGAUCUUAUGGACUGGAGGUAAUAAUAAGAACUCAUAACUUCAUAACCGAGUCCACGGCGGCUCUUAGCAUCAGCAGUAAUCAGGGCACCACUUCGUCCCUUUAAAUGUGUUCUGGUGUAUUUAAACACUUCAGCUUUAAAUCCAUCAUACAGACACGUUUACUUUAAAACACACACCAAGGUGUCUGCGGUUCUCCACUCGGAUGCACAGAAGUUGAAAAUGCUGUAAUUCUGAGCUCCGAGUUCCUGUUUCCAAGGUAAGAGUAGUACAGGAUGUGUGUGUGUUUGGUUCUGGAACAUUCAGUUUGUUUGUUCGUGUUUAUUUAGAGCAGCUCUGACGGCGUUAGUGAUGUUUUUUGUCAGGGUUCAGUAAAACGUACGAAAUGAAGUUUAACAUGAUGAAUAUCAGACACGUUGUGGAUGUUGAUGGACCUAAUGAUGUCUGCCAAAUGCUGUAAAUGUCACAGACAUGUAAUCCUACUGUACAGAUGGAACUGUGUGUUAUUGUAUGGUGAUUUAAAGACAAAACCCAGAGGAGUAGUUGUGUGUGUAUGAGGCCUCGGUCCUGCCCCUCGCUCUGCGUCACUCAGACAUGCUGCAUGACGGAUCACACUGCGCUAAAGCUUCGACCUGUCAAUCAUUCUGUGUUUAUAAUCGUCAUAAUUCACUGUCACUGCUUUUAUACACGUUCUCCUCGAAACUCACCGUAAUGCCGUCACACUGCCAUCCUGUAACAUCACUAUAACACUAACAGGACAUACACUACACUACAUUACACACCAUUACUACACCACACUAUACUCCAGUGGGCCUGCAGGUGGCGCUCAGUUGGCACUUUACAGGCAGUGUGAACAUUCUGGAGGAGACAAAUGUCUGAUUUAUUAAUGUUGCUUAUACAACAGCAGAGUGUGUAGAUUAUUAUCAUUAUCAUUAUUAAUGAUAAUAAUAAUGAUAAUAAUGAUAAUAAUAAUAAUUUAAGGACAGAAUUUAGGUGAGAGUCUCGCAUUCAGAGAUAAUUAUGUUUCUGAAAAUACUGUAAAAAUCAUGUGUGUAUCAGACAAGCAUUUAUCAGCUGAUAUUUUGGCCUUUUUUUCAUAUAAAUAUGAAUAUAUAACGUCACCACAUGUUUACAGAUCAUUAAGGACUUUUAUUACAGCAUUAUAGAGUUUACGAAGCAUUAUAAGCAGUUAAUUAUGAAUGUGCUUUAUAGAAAGUGUCAGGUUUAGUUUCAUUUCUAUGCAUUUGAUCAGGAGGUUUAGUUAUUCUUCUGCUGAUGUUCUCCACACAGACACUCAGACGUUAAGAGUCCAAUUAUUUGCAUUAAAAACAAUGAUAGUUAAAUAGAAUAUUUAGCUUCCUUCAACUCAGUGUUUGUUUUGUUUGGGUUUUUUUUUUAAAGAUUUUUUUUUAUUAAUGAUUUAUUCAUCGUGUUUUUUAUGGAUGAGGAAACUAGCGAGUUGCACUAUGGAUUCAUUUUGUAUGACGUGUGUUUGAUUUACAGCAGCGAUGCACUACAAUCUUCACGCCUUUUAUUUAUUCAACACGAUGCCACUCAUCAUGCCUUUUGGGGAAAAUGCAAUCAUCAUGUCUUUUUUCUGCUUUUCUCUUCAAACAGUUUUUACUGAAUAUAAUUGUAAAUAAAUAUGAUGAUGAUUAUAACAUAAGUGUAAAGAAGGGAUUUGCUCUGAAUAUUUAUUACUGUGCUUCUACAUUUUGUUACCUUUUUCAUUUACGUGAUAUAAAAUGAGAGCUUAUUAAAGGUAUAAACUGAUCGUGGCACAAAACCGCUGCACUUCAGAAGGACUGUUUCCCUGUUUAACUGAAAUUCUUUUAUAAAAUGGAAAAAAUAAAUGAGUUUGAUUUAG